UGAAUUUGACACUCUUGCUCUGGAUUGUGUGUUUUCAUGUGAGCGUUUGCCCUUGACUGACUGUGUGGGAGCACGUGAUGACAAACUACAUUACCCACAAUCCCCCCGUGCGGUUAAGAAGAAAUCCAUCCAUGGCUUUAACCAGCCGAUGCCGGCUCCGAGGUCGCAGGAUCCCAACCGAAGCGGAGUGCGGGAAAAUGAUGUCGUCCCGCUCGGACAGUGGUAGUGGGGAGGACUCGUUGGACCGGCUGCUGCCUCCAGCCGGGGCCCCUCGCAGGAAGAGCACCACCUCUUUGAGCAAAACAGAACCUCCUCUGCUGCGUACAGGCACUCGCACCAUCUACACCGCCGGCCGACCGCCCUGGUAUGACGAGCACGGAGCCCAGUCCAAAGAGGCCUUUGUCAUCGGGUUGUGUGGGGGCAGCGCCUCAGGGAAGACCACCGUGGCCAAUAAGAUCAUCGAGGCUCUGGAUGUGCCGUGGGUUGUGCUCUUGUCUAUGGAUUCUUUCUACAAGGUUUUAUCCGCCGAGGAGCAGGCCCUGGCAGCAAAGAACGACUACAACUUCGACCAUCCGGGGGCCUUUGACUUUGAGCUGCUGGUCGCCACGCUGCGGAAACUGAAACAGGGCAAAAGUGUGAAGAUCCCAGUGUAUGACUUCACCACACACAGGAGACAGAAAGACUGGAAAAAUGUGUACGGUGCCAGUGUAAUCAUUUUUGAAGGAAUUAUGUCCUUUGCGGACAAAGAGCUGCUUCAGCUCCUGGAUAUGAAAAUCUUUGUGGACACAGACUCAGACAUCCGGCUCGUCCGGCGGCUCCGCAGGGACAUCACAGAGCGCGGACGGGACAUUGAAGGCGUCAUCAAGCAGUACAACAAGUUUGUGAAGCCGGCCUUUGAGCAGUACAUCGAGCCCACCAUGAGGCUGGCUGAUAUUGUGGUGCCGAGAGGUGGUGGGAACAUGGUGGCCAUUGAUCUGAUAGUGCAGCAUGUUCACAGUCAGCUGGAGGAGCGUGAGCUCAGUGUCAGGGCUCUCCUGGCUUCAGCCCAGCAGACGCAGCCCUUGCCUCAGACGCUCAGUGUGCUGGAGAGUACGCCACAGGUCCGAGGCCUGCACACCAUCAUCAGGAACAAAGAAACCAGCCGAGACGAGUUCAUUUUCUACUCAAAGAGAUUAAUGCGGCUUCUCAUAGAACAUGCACUGACAUUUCUGCCAUCUCAGCACUGCGUGGUUCAGACUCCACAGGGUCAUGAGUACGAAGGCCGCAGCUACAACGGUAAAGGGAUCACCGGUGUGUCGAUCCUGCGGGCGGGAGAGACCAUGGAACCCGCCCUGAGGGCCGUGUGCAAGGACGUCCGCAUUGGCAAGAUCCUCAUCCAGACCAACCUGGAUUCGGGCGAACCGGAGCUGCAUUACCUGCGUCUGCCCAAAGACAUCAGUGAAGAUCAUGUCAUCCUAAUGGACAGCACAGUCUCCACCGGCGCUGCUGCCAUGAUGGCAGUACGAGUCCUAUUGGAUCAUGAGGUGCAGGAGGAUAGGAUCGUGUUGGUGUCACUGCUGAUGGCAGAGCUCGGGGUGCACUCUGUGGCCUACGCCUUCCCAAAGGUCAAAAUCAUCACCACUGCUGUGGACAAGAGCCUGGACGAUUUUUUACAUGUAAUUCCUGGUAUCGGGGACUUUGGGGAUCGGUACUUUGGGACGGACGGAUCCGACAGCUGGAGCGACGAGGAGGACCAGGAGCAGCCUUCAUACUGACGGAAACAUCUGUGAGCCUCUGUGAAAGAAAAAGCAAAUUACUUGAAAACUCUUGUUAUUGUGCGUCCUCUUCUUCAGGCAUAGACUAGCAAAAACUUUGUUGUAUUCACUUUUGUGUACUGUACAUGAAAUUUUGUACUCCGAUGAGUCUGGUUUUAUGCAUGAGGGAAGUUCUGAGUGUUCAUCGUUAAUAUUUUAAUACAGAAGGUCGCAGAGGUGAAACAGUGCCAUUACCUUUGAGGUAUAACAAUGCAAUAACAUCAAUAUUUAUGAAAUGGAACAGGUUGCACCAGCUGUUCUGAAAUUCAGGAUUUAGUGCUACUUUUUAAACAGUCAUUUACAAUUUGGAUUUGCAGCAUUAAACCUUGUCCUGACUAGGAGCCAGUACGUAAUGUUCACCAUCGUGGUUCUGCGUGUUAGCAAGCCAAAGUUUUCCUGUGUGACAGCAGACACAGCUGAAGCUGAUGGAUCGUCUUUCGUCUUGAGGUAUUGGAUCAUAAACCAAAGACAUUUUAACAGAUUACUUUAAAAAAUGAGGCAUUAAAUAGUGAUCAAAGCUGCUAAAAUCUAUCCUCACUGAGACAUUUAAUGUCUGCUUUAGAUCCAUCCAGUAGUUGAUGAGACAUUUCACUUGAAAGCAGCCUCAUGGUGGUGCUAGAUGAAAAAGUCAGAGGAUGUUAUUGUUCACGCUCUGAGCACCGUGGAUGAUUGUACUAAGCUUCACGGUGAUCCUCAAUAAUUUGAGAUAGUUGUGUUAACAGUGAACUGAGGUUUCCGUCUGAAUCUCUGAGGAGAAAAGUCUUAUGGGGCCAAACUGGAUGUUGACGACCAAUUCUUCUAAACGCAGGUCUGACUUUGCUGUGUUUGUACGGACACAUAAGGAGAAAUAUGUUUCAGAAUCAUCACACAGUCUAAAACGUGUUAAACCUCACUGCCAUUAUUAGGUCUAACAUUAGUCAGACUCUGUCAUUUGAAGGAUUGGUGUUACGGUUGCAAAUGUGACGAAGAACUUUCAGUGUUUACACUUAUUACAGGAUAUUAUAUUACAUACUUUUUACAUACAUAUAUUACAUUAGAUUUUCAUGGAGCCUAAUGAAAACCUAUAAACUGUUUUACACCCAUAUUAACAAGACAACAAUAGUUCAGCUGGUUUAAUUGGCAGCAAUGACUUAGUGGAUGCAAAUGUUUUGUUUGUGGGAUGCAGCGUGUUUCAAAUUGGAGAUUUGUAAAUGAUACAGUAUAGUUUAGCCCCACUUGUGCCUUUCUUGUAAUUAGUAUCAAAGUGAAAUCAACGAACAAAGCAUUUUUUUUCCUGGAAAAUAGACAGAAUCGUGUUUUAUUAUGUCUAGUGAAAAAGCUCUUUUAUCAGUUUCUCUAACUGCUGUCAUUUGAAAAUGAAAUUCACGCUCUUUAGGAAAGAACGCAAAAUUUGAAUGCAUACUUUUGCAUGUAAAUGUAAAACUUUGGAAGAAACAUUAAUAUGUAACAAUAGAAAUUAGAAUUUUUUUUUUAGUCACCAUCAUUGCUAAAUUAGGAAUCAGAAGGAAUAGUGAAUACUUUAAUCCAGAUAGUUUGAAAAGCCAUCUCUGGGUUUAUGUUGUUUUAAAAUCAGUUAAUGUUAAAACAUCAAGGCCAGAAACUAAGCAAUUUGAAUUUCUGAACAGCUGGUGCAACCGAUCUCAGAAUAUAAUCUAUACAAAUCAAUUCAUUCACACUUAAUGCUGCUCUAAUAAGACAUUUUUAUAUAUGUAAUGGUGUAAACUUACAUCUACAGUAGAGUAGUUGUCAGAGAUUUUAUAUUAAAGAUGUAUCACACAGGACAUUUAUUCUUAUUUUAGAUAGAGUCAGAAUUUUACACAUUCAGGUCAGGAGUAAACACAAACAAUGAUGAAAUAAACCUUCAAUUCAGAGUGA